UUGCACCAUUUUAAUGUUAUCGUAAAAAUGAUAACAUCAACACAUAAUUUUACUAAUUGACACAUUAAUUAAUACUAUCCGUCACUCACAUAUAUUAUAAUACGUAAAUAAGUAACACUACAUUUCGGUUUUCAUACUAAAAAAACUUAAAUAAACCCUCGUCAGCCUACAUGUGAUCCAAGUGAUUUUUUGUUCUACAUGUCUCACAAGUCCAAACUAAUUUCAUUCUGUUUUCUGCUUUUCUUUUCUUUUUCCGAACCAAAAUCUUCAUGGUUUAUCUCCGCGUUAAAGGCACCAUGCCUUUGGUAGUGACACGUUUGUAAUUGGGUUCCUAAAAAUAAACCACGUAAGCAAAGCUGUGUCCUUCUGUUCCAUCAACUUGGAUGACCAACCAUGAACCUCUAUGAGUCACUCAGGCUAUGCGUUGAAGAGUGAGAUUCCAUGUGAACGUUAAAGUGUAACUUGGUUGCCUGCUUGAGCUUGAGCUUUGAUAAUGGCGGUUGGAAGGAUUGGUAGAGGCUUAAUGGCUCCUCUUAUAGCAGUGAACUUGGUGGUCCAUCUGAUCAUGCUUGGACUUGCUGGAUGGUCUCUUGAUAAGUACAUCAAUGGAGAGCAAAAUCACCCUCAUUUGGGAGGAAACGCAUCAACAAGCUUUAUGUUGAUCUUUGCAUUGAUAGCUGGGGUUGUUGGUGCUUGUUCCAUGCUCUAUGGGUGGAUGCAUCUUCGGAUAUGGCGAACUGAUAGUCUAGCUGCUGCUUCUUCUUCAGCUAUCAUAGCCCAGGCUAUUGUUGCCCUCGCUUUCGGUUUCGUAUGUAAGGAGAUCAUCUUAGGUGGACACAGAGGAAAACGCUUGCAAACAUUGGAAGCCAUGAUUGCAAUAUCACUACUAAGUCAAUUGAUGUACCUGGUGCUUCUGCAUGCUGGGAUGUUUAAGAGCAGAUAUAGAUCAGGUGGAAUAGCCAUGGGUCAUCACCCCCGAACCACCGGCACGACAACUGUUAUCUGAGACUUCUGUUCAUAUCAGAAGGUGUAGAUUAAAUGACACUGUGUUUGUAUCAGUUUUUGUACGCAUGGAACUUGCAUGAGUGUUCAUUGUGAAUUUUGCCA